AAACUAUAAAAAGGACAAAUCUUCUCACUGAAGAAGAAGACUCUGGCCAUCGCAUGCGCAGGCAGCAUGAUGCGGCUCUCCUGAGAAAAAGGGAUCCGCAAGGAAGUUGCCAAGAAAAAGGUAGAGGACAAAGCAGCGGAGCGCAGGGCCAUGGCCGGGUCAAGGCAUACGAUGGAGACGCUGGCUCUGGGCCGCCCCUUUGAGCUCGGGAAGCUCUACGACGCUUGCAAGGAGGCCCUCCUCCCAGGUGCUCUUUUACAGGAUGCAAACUCAGUGGAAACCAAUGCCGUUACGCCACUCCUUGUGACUGAACAUUGUGUCAUUGAAUCGGACACCAUUGACAGUAAACUGUCUGCACUGAAGGUCCCAGAAUCCCUGAAGGCCAGCCUACUUUGUGGCUUAGUGGAGCCCAAGGGAGCCGCAGGAUUCUGGAAAGACAGCAAGCGGUCCAGUCGCCUGGCGCGCAUCGCUCUCCAUUACUCAGCCACAACCAAGACCAAGCAAGUGCAAAUGUCAGACUUCUCCUAUCCGAGCAAACACAACCUACAGACAGCCACCCAUGUGGUCAGUGGCAUGGAAUAUGGGGCUGAGGUUUUCUUUGUCUUCGACCAAGAGGUCUCUUCUUCAGAGCAGGUAGAAGAAGUACAGCAAAGCCUCCGGCCCCUGAUCGAAAGAGUCCCAGGAUCAUGUCUUUCAGAAGGAAGCGAAGGGAUUCCCUGCUUGGCUGGCAAAGAAAAGGCCAGGGCUGAGAAGAUCACCUGCAGGAUUUAUGGCGACGUGGUUCAGAAAGACCACCCUGUGACUUUCCAAGAAGCGGUGGAGAUUUACUCAAUGCUCCCCAGACUGCUUUCGGAGAAGGCUGUGCCUGUGAGGAUCCAUCUGCAUCCCCUCAACCAGCUGAACACCGGCCCUUUCUAUGAAAUCAGCUCAGAACUCAUUGGGGAAAUCCAGAAUAUCUUCCAGUGGCUGAUGGAGGAAGACAGGCGAUGCAGCGAUCUGGCCCAAAACCCUGCAGCCACGACUUUCCCCGCAACAAAGAGGAUGCUCCAGUUCUUCCAGGCUCUGGUCCAGCAGUUCAGAGACAACUUUCAGAAACGGUUGUCAAGAACCGUGCCGCUAAUUCGGAGGAGAGAGGAAGAGGAAGACGCUCUGGCGGACCUUUUGAGCAGCAAGCAGCAGUCCCUGUUCAGCCGCAAGCAACUCAAUGCCUUUUUGGACAGAAGGGAAGAGGAGAUGAUGUUUGUGAAUUCAUAUCUGGAGGCCCUGCAAGGUGUGGAAGUUGUCUCCACAAAAAAGGAACUGGACCGAAUCCUCGCCAAUCCCAUCUUGAAGAGAGUCAUUGCAUUUGUCUUCACCUCUUUGCAGGAUAAGGAUCCAUAUCUUUCAGAGCUGGAACACUCUCUGGCUAUUAAGAAAGGAUCACAUCACAGAUCUGCAGCCUUUGCCGGUGAGGGAUCAAGUCCAAAGCCAUGGUUUGAGCGUCCAGAGGUGACCGCCAAGGCACGUGAACAGGCCAGGGCCUUCUUACGGCUGACCAGGCUAUGCCCCCAGGACACCAAGUGCAUUGUUAGUGCUCUUCCGGAUGAGGACCAUCCUGGGGUUUCCAUCUAUCUCUAUGAAGAGGGGAAGCUGGUCAACGCUAACUUUGAGCCCCCUUCCAAGCCUUCCCCUCUUGUGGUUGGCGACAUCGGCCAGAAUGCCAUCCAACUCACCUUUAACCCCGUGAUCUUUGGCAAGGCCGAAAUCUCUGGCUUCCAGGUGGAGAGGAGGAUCGUAGGGCAGGAGGCCUGGGUGGCUGUGGAAACCAAGGAGAGACAGGAGACCUUUGGAGUAACAGGGCUUCAGCCGGACACGGAGUACCAUUUCCGCUAUGCCUCUUUGAGCAAAGUAGGGGCCAGCGAGAGCAGCGACAUCAGUGAAGUCGUGAGGACCCUUCCCAUCAAUUCCCCUGGCAGAUCGGAGGAUGCCAUCGCUAAAUGCCCGUCCGAUCACUCUGCUGCCCAGAGACCCACUCUUGCCAAACUGGACAGCUGUAGGAAGAAAGAACCCCCAACUUUACCCAAGCCUGCAGCUAUUUCAGUGCCAGAGAAAGAAAGGAUAGCAGUGAAAAUGAUCCAACAAAGCACAGUGUUAGAAAAACAGGACUCGGUGUCUGUGUAUCGCCUCCCCUUAAAACCGUCUGCCUCUUCUUCUCCAGGUUUUAAAAAGUACAGACUUGGGAGCAAUGACCCCCGGUUCCCCCACAAAGUGAUCAUGAUGCUGGGAGCAACAGGGGCUGGGAAAACCACUCUGAUCAAUGGGAUGAUCAACUUCAUCCUGGGAGUGAAGCUGAAGGACAGCUUCCGGUUCAAGCUCAUCCAAGAAGUGACCAGCCGAAGCCAAGCCCAUAGCCAGACGUCAGAGGUGACUGCCUACGAGAUCAACUACCAGCAAGGCCUCCAGAUCCCAUAUACCUUGACUAUUGUUGACACGCCAGGAUUUAAUGACUCCCGCGGAAUAGAGCAUGACAAACAGAUCACCGAGCAGAUCCGGCAUUUUUUUUCCACUCCGGAAGGAAUUGACCACAUUGACGGCGUGUGCUUUGUGGUCCAGGCGCCUUUAGCCCGCUUGACCCCAAGCCAGAAGUACGUCUUCGACUCAGUGCUCUGCAUUUUUGGGAAGGACAUAAAAGCCAACAUACAGAUCUUGGCCACUUUUGCAGAUGGACAGACUCCUCCUGUCCUGGAGGCCAUUUUGGAGAGUGAGGUGCCAUGCGCCAAGGAUGACAACGGUUCCCCCAUUCACUUCAAGUUCAACAAUUCGGCUUGGUUCCCCAGCCAGUCCUCAGCUAGCGAGGGCAGCUCUGAACUGAAUGAAUUGUACUGGAAAAUAGGGAUCAUGAGCAUGAAGAAGUAUUUUGAGGCUUUGCAAAGCCUAGAAGCCAGAAGCUUGACGCUAACGAAAGAAGUGCUCCGAGAAAGAAAAAGACUGGAAACGACAGUGGAAGGGCUGCAGCCGCAAAUCAAAUUCGGUCUGACGACUCUGGAAGAGCUUCAGAAGACCAAGCGAAUUCUGGAGCAACACAAAGACGAGAUGGAAGCCAACAAGGACUUUGAGUUUGAGAUUGAAAAAACAGUCCCAGACCAGAUCAAGGUCAAGAAGGAAUUUCUAACUAACUGCCAGACCUGUCACUUCACCUGCCACUAUCCCUGCAUGAUCGCUAAUGAUACGCAGAAGUACCUUUGUGCCGCAAUGGAUGCCAAGCGAGAAAAAUGCACCGUUUGCCCUGGGAAAUGCGUCUGGAACGUGCAUUUCAACCAGAAGUACAGAUGGGAGUACAAAACCAUAAAGGAGAAGCAAACCUAUGGCCAAAUCAAGGCAAACUAUGAGAAAGCCUCUAAAGAAGCUAUGACCAUGGAAAAAGUCUUUGAGCACCUCCAAAAGGAAUAUGCACAAGUGGAAAAGAGGAUGCUCAAACAGAUUGAAGACUCCACUCGCUGUAUUGACCGCUUGCAGGAAAUUGCCCUGAAGCCCAACCCGAUGGCCACCCCAGACCACAUUGACUUGCUCAUCGAAGCGGAAAAACAGGAGGCCAAGCCGGGCUUCCAAGACCGCAUCAAGGCCCUGGAGCGGGCGAGAGAGAUGGCUGUCACCGUGAGCAAGAUUGCAAGGGACGAACCUCUGCUUCCGCCGAAGGGGAACACUCAGGAGCCAUAAAACUGGGGAACAAGUUGCAUUCUGUUAAGGCACACAUAGAUAUGACCCCCAAGGAGGCCAGAUUAAAGGCUCCUUAUCCCAUCUCCGUAAUCCCCAACAAUCCCACCCCUGUGUUACCUAAAUUGCUUCAAAUUAAUUUUUAGAGGGGAAUUAACUAAUUAGCUCAAUUGGAGUGCCAGGGUAACAUCUUAUUUCGGCUCUUUCAGCCUUUUGCUGCCAGGUCUAAAAAACCCAGAUUCUAGAAUGAAAAAUUAAAGACUUUAUCAGAUUACCUUUUAACCUCGCAGUAGUCUAAUGGGAUGCAGCCAGGACGCGGCAUGGAGGCAGGGAUUAGCGCAUUGUAAAUUGCCGCCGAUUCAUACAAGAGCCAACAAGUUAAAGGUUGGCUAAAUGGGACAAGGAGUAGAGCGGUGGGAAGUAUGGCGCAGUACACAUCACCCCUUUCCCCACCGGAUUGGGGGCAGGGCAGCCUCACUGGCAGCCCUACGGCCCCAAGCUGCAGUUUUUCCGGACCACUUCUCCAUGGCACAGAAAAUGGGUACCCUUGGGGCUUCAUGUCCCCUGACACACUGGGAGCCAGAGCCAUGGGAGAAAGGGGCCGCCUGGCCCUUUGUCCCUGGCAUCGUUCCCGCAGCUGCGGGAACGAUGUGCGUGGCGAAAAGGAGCUCUGUUUUGGAGCUCCUUCCCGCACCGCAGCCAGGCCACUGUAAGUGGCCUGGGGCAGGGCGGAGAUAUCAUGCACACCGCACUGUUUGGACUUGGUGCGUGUGUGUGAUGUCAUCAUGGCCCCCCCCAUGUGGAUGGGAGGCCGCCAUGAUUAUGCCGCCACCAUGUACUAUGGUUGUGGGGCAUGCAGUUGCUCCACCCCCGCACAACCCUAGUACGUGGCCAGGCCAGCACAAAGCACCGGUCUAUACUGCGCCUAUAUGUCCCCAAUGCAGAUGCUAGAUUAGAGGGAAAACUGCAGGGAACAUGGACUCAGAAUGGUAGUGAUGCUGAGGAGUCUGGGUACAAUUAUGGCUUCUGACUUUGCCCAAGGCUGAGGACAAAGAGCAAACAGCUCUCCUUUAUACAUUUUCACCUUUCAUUUGGAAAGUUUGGGUGGAGUUUGCAUGGGGAUGGAAGAGCAAACAGCCUUGUGCCAUAAAGUGAAGCCAUACUAAAGAAGUGGCUGAUUCAUAGGGCAACUGAGUGUUAUGGGUUGGCAGGUUUUAUUUCUGAUAGCCUAGAAGUUUCCUGAUUUGUUUCUGUAUUGGAUUUGUAAUUGAGUUUGUAUUAUUACAGAGCUAUGUAGUAUACCUGUUCUAUCUCUCUAACUCUUCAAGUUCUCAUGAC